CUCGGAACGCGCCCGGAUCGGCCGGUAAACAAGUGGACUCUGUGCCUGUGGGACGAACUGCUGCGCUGGCCGGUGAUUUGCGGCUGGCAUCUGCAUUGUUUCUAAGGCUGUUCCGAGGAUCUCGCGGGAUCGAGGAGGCGCUUGUUAUUUAAGUGCCCUGGUGCCUCCUCCAUCGCUGCCGGUUCUAUCUUCACCUUCCCAAGGUUACACCCUCACCAUGAAGUGGACGACCCUUACCGCUCUGGCCGUGGGCCUUGCCCCAGUUACGGCCUCCCCCGUCGACAUCCAAGUUACUCCUCGAGCCCUUCCUAACGCGCCCAGUGGCUACACCCCCAAGAAUGUUACAUGCCCUGCUACCCGUCCCAGCAUUCGAAGUGCUUCGUCUCUAUCAUCAAACGAGACCGAAUGGCUCAAGACUCGCCGACAGGAAACCAUUCAGCCCUUGAAGGAUCUCCUGAACCACCUCGACAUCUCCGGGUUUGACGCCAACACCUACAUUGACAACCACAAGAGCAAUGUCUCCAACAUUCCGAAUAUUGCCAUCGCCGCUUCGGGUGGUGGUUAUCGUGCCAUGCUUAACGGUGCUGGUGCCAUCAAGGCUUUUGACAGUCGUAUCUACAAUGCUACCACAAAGGGACACCUUGGAGGUGUCUUGCAGGCAGCUACUUAUGUCGCUGGUUUGAGUGGUGGUAGCUGGUUGGUCGGAUCUAUCUACAUUAACAACUUCACCACCAUCUCGGAUCUGCAGACAUACGAGAAGGGCGCUGUCUGGCAGCUCAGCAAGAACAUCUUCGAAGGACCCGACACCGGUGGUAUCCGUCUGUUCAGCGAGGCUUCGUACUACAAGGACUUGUACGACGCUGUCGAAGGCAAGACCGACGCCGGAUUCAAAGGCUCCCUGACCGAUUACUGGGGUCGUGCCUUGUCCUACCAGUUCAUUAAUGACUCCAACGGUGGUAUUGACUAUACCUGGUCCUCCAUUGCCGAGACUGAGGACUUCAAGGCUGCCAAGAUGCCCAUGCCGUUGGUGGUUGCCGAUGGCCGUGGCCAAGGCGAGUUGAUCAUCGGUAGCAACUCGACCGUCUACGAAUUCAACCCCUGGGAGUUCGGCUCGUUCGACCCCACUGUGUACGGAUUCGCCCCGCUGGAGUAUGUUGGAUCCAAGUUUGAGAAGGGAGAGCUGCCCGACAACGCAACGUGUGUUCGUGGAUUCGACAAUGCUGGAUACAUUAUGGGUACUUCAUCUACCUUGUUCAACCAGGGCAUGCUGGUCCUCGACAACUCGAGCGCGGUCCCCGAUUUCCUCAAGUCUGGCGUUGAGAAGAUUCUCACUGCCUUCGAUGACCAUGAUGACGAUAUCGCUGUUUACUCCCCCAACCCGUUCUAUCGCUACCGCGAUGCCAGCACCGCCUAUGCUGGAGCUCCUGAUCUGGACGUUGUCGAUGGUGGUGAGGACAAUCAGAACGUUCCUCUUCACCCCGUCAUCCAGCCGGAACGUCACGUCGAUGUGGUUUUCGCUAUCGACUCCUCUGCGGACACUGACUAUAGCUGGCCCAACGGUGCCUCUCUCGUAGCUACCUACGAACGUUCUCUGAACUCCACUGGAAUUGGAAAUGGAACCGCUUUCCCAUCUGUUCCGGGUCAGAACACCUUCAUCAACCUCGGCCUCAACACCCGCCCGACCUUCUUUGGUUGCGACCCGGCCAACAUCACCGGUGAAGCGCCCUUGGUGGUUUACCUGCCUAACUACCCCUACACCUUCUACUCCAACACUUCGACAUAUAAGAUGACCUACUCUGAUGAGGAGCGUGACAACAUGAUCACCAACGGUUACGAAGUGGUGACCCGGGGUAACGGUACCGAGGACUCGAAAUGGCCGACUUGCGUUGGCUGUGCCAUCAUUAGCCGAUCGCUGAACCGUACCAACACUGCCGUUCCCGAAGUGUGCAACCAGUGUUUCCAGCAAUACUGCUGGAACGGUACCGUUGACAACUCGGACCCCGGUGACUACGAGCCUACCAGUCUCAUGACUGUGGCUUCUGGAUCAAGCAAGUCGCAGUUCAACCGCACAGCGGCGUUCAUUGCAUUUGCGGUGGCCAUUUUUGCGACCGUCUAAGAUACCUGAGAGAAACUCAAUAUUUGCAUAACCUUAUCACGAGAUUAUGAUUGGUAAAUAGUAAUUUAUUUGUUCAU